ACCUAUUGGGGUCCGCUUUCUCUGCCAUUAGAAAGAAAAAAAAACAACCAAAAUACAGAGAGAAAACUCAGAAUCACAACACAGAGAGAGAGGCUUGCUAUUAUCUGCAAAAGGGAAGAGUUUUUCUAGGGUUUCCAGUUGCUGCCGACAUAAGAUGGUGGAGUGAAAUUGCGGCGGAGACAUUCAGAUUGACGAACUGAAUUGAAGCUGGUGAAAAUGGCUUCUGUGGGAACAUUACCUUCUUCUAUGACUACAAAACAGAACAAUGCUUCCAUAUGCGCUGACAAACUACCUGAAGGGAUUAAUGAGAUGAAGAUAAAAGAUGACAAGGAAAUGGAAGCAGCUGUGGUUGAUGGGAAUGGAACUGAAACAGGUCACAUUAUCGUUACAACUAUUGGUGGUAAAAACGGCCAGCCUAAACAGACCAUAAGUUACAUGGCAGAGCGCAUCGUUGGACAAGGUUCAUUUGGAAUUGUUUUUCAGGCCAAGUGUUUGGAAACGGGGGAAACUGUUGCGAUCAAGAAAGUUUUGCAAGACAAAAGAUACAAGAAUCGCGAGCUACAGACGAUGCGUCUUCUCGAUCACCCUAAUGUUGUGUCCCUCAAGCACUGCUUUUUCUCAACGACCGAAAAAGAUGAAUUGUAUCUCAAUUUGGUACUUGAAUACGUUCCUGAGACCGUAUAUCGUGUCUCAAAGCACUACAGUCGGGCAAAUCAGAGGAUGCCCAUGAUAUAUGUUAAACUCUAUACAUACCAGAUUUGCAGAGCUUUGGCUUACAUUCAUGGAGGAGUAGGAGUCUGCCACAGAGACAUAAAACCACAAAAUCUUCUGGUUAAUCCUCAUACACAUCAGGUCAAGCUCUGUGACUUUGGAAGCGCGAAAGUUCUGGUCAAAGGCGAACCAAACAUCUCAUAUAUUUGCUCUCGUUACUAUCGAGCACCUGAACUUAUAUUUGGAGCCACGGAAUAUACAACAGCUAUUGACAUAUGGUCUGCAGGCUGUGUUCUUGCUGAAUUGCUCCUUGGACAGCCUCUAUUUCCAGGUGAGAGUGGAGUGGACCAGCUAGUUGAGAUUAUUAAGGUUCUUGGAACACCAACUCGUGAGGAAAUCAAAUGUAUGAAUCCAAACUACACUGAGUUUAAAUUCCCUCAAAUAAAGGCUCAUCCUUGGCACAAAAUAUUCCAUAAGCGUACACCUCCAGAAGCUGUAGACCUCGUCUCAAGGCUUCUCCAAUAUUCUCCAAACCUCAGAUCAACCGCUAUGGAGGCUAUAGUUCACCCGUUCUUUGAUGAGCUUCGUGAUCCCAAUACACGUCUACCUAAUGGUCGUCCCUUGCCUCCUCUCUUCAACUAUAAACCACAAGAGCUUAAAGGAGCAAGCUUGGAGUUGUUGUCCAAGCUUAUACCUGACCACGCUCGUAAACAAUGUUCCUUCCUUGGUCUCUAGAUGACUAAAUCUCCACGUAAAAAGAUGUGUGUAUGUACACAUAGAUAUGCUGAUCGAUUAAGUAAUGGAGUUUAGCUUCUCAGGAUUAUAUAAUUAUUGUUAGCCUCCAUCUAUUUAUGUAUUUCUGUCGUUUAUUGUCUUGCCACGGAUGAUAGACAUUUUUUAUUAGUAAAAGCUUUGUACUUUUAUAUAUGAAUUGAUGAUUAAUGUAAUGUAUGUAACGGUCUUUGACU